CACGAAUGGUGUGCGAUGGAUACAUUACUGUCCCAUGUUGCGCCGUGAUUUUUUUUUUUUGCAGACGGCUGAAUCUGUGAGAUGCCGAGCCACUGACCUGCUUCUGCUUCUGCUUUUGGCCGACAUCGCAAGCUGCAUGGUUAUUCACGGCAAGGAUUGCUCCAGGGAAUCCAUGCCGGCAACAGAAAUCCCGGCGUCUGAAAUUUUUCUUCCCCAAAACCACACGGACCGGCAUGUGGUUGCCUGAGAAAUCAUAGAAAGCGGAUGUUUGUGUCUUUGGUGGAAUC